GGGCACACUCCGUGCUUUGUUUUGGAAAAAUAAAUAACUAUUAUUAGUAACUAUCAGGAAAAUGGAAAAGCUUGAGGCCCUAAAAAUGUCUUCAAUGCGUCCGCGCAGCAACAUCUUGGAUAGACCACUCUCAAAGGGGAAAACGGAGGUUUCCCAGAGUAUUGUGGCGCUGCUCUUCAGCGAAAUAGUUCAGUACUCGCAGAGUCGAGUGUUUACAGUACCAGAGUUACAAACCAGGCUCCAUGACUUGGGUCAGGAUGUGGGCACUCGGAUCAUCGACCUGUAUUUCGUGAGGGAGCGGAGUUCCAAGCGGGAAACGAAGCUAACGCAAAUGCUGCUCUUUGUGAAGACCACGGUGUGGAAAAACCUCUUCGGCAAGGAGGCGGAAAAGCUGGAGCAUGCCAACGAUGAUGAAAGGACCUACUAUAUCAUUGAAAAGGAGCCCCUGGUCAAUACAUUUAUAAGUGUGCCCAAGGAUAAGAGCUCGCUGAACUGUGCCAAUUUCACGGCUGGCAUUGUGGAAGCUGUGCUCACGAAUUGCGGCUUUCCCUGCAAAGUCACCGCCCACUGGCACAAGGGCACCACGUACAUGGUCAAGUUUGAGGACUUUGUGAUCGCCCGCGACAAGCAGAUGGAGGAGAAAUAAACCGAGUUCACUUAACAUUA